AUGAUUUACAACAACAUGAACUUUGGUGCAAUCUUGACGACGAUCAUGCUCAUUAUCUUCGAAACCACAGAUCUUCCUGAUCUCUUGAAGAGGAUUUCUUUCACUUUGGAGAGGACUUGCAAUGUAUUCUUUAUUUGCGACAUCGUUCUGAUUGUCAUAUCAAGAAUCGGGAAUUUAAAAGCUCUCAUUCGAGCAUCAUUUAUUUUUGAUAUUUUGUCAGUCGUCCCCUUUCUUUUUCCUUCAAGCUCAAGUUCGCUAAAAAUAUGCAAAUUGGCGCGUCUGGGAAAAUUGGCCAAAUACAAUAGAUCGCUUCGUCUGGCAGGUUUGACUCUUGUUAGAUCUGUCGUCCAGAUUGCUUUUAUUGGAACAAUGUUGCUGACAAUGGCGACGAUUUUUGGAUCAUUUGUUUUCUUCCUUGAGAAGAGCAGUAAUGAAAAUAUUUCUUCAAUUUUUGAUGCAAUUUGGUACAUAAUUAUUUCUGCACUGACAGUUGGAUACGGAGAUAUCGUGCCUUCAACAAAUUAUGGCAAGUUUCUUGGGGUUGCGGCGUCUCUCUCUGGAAUCAUUUUUAUGUCGCUUCCGCUGCCUGGAAUUAUUCAAAACUUUCAUUCAGGAUAUUUGGUUUAUUCAGAUUGUAUGUUCGCUUACGCCGAGGAUUCGAAGAUUUUCCAAACCGAACUGGUCAUCGCCAAGCUUCGACAGCGAUCACAUCUUCGAUCACGAGAGCUGUCUGAGAUUGCUUGCGACUCGCGAAUCAUUCAUCCUGAAGUACCAAGCAGCAACUCGUGA